AUGUUUGGCGAAGGCGACAGUGCCGGUGGUGGCGUGAUGCUACGAGAUCUUCAUUGCUUCUUCCCUGGCGACCUGAACUCGUUCACCCGCAAGCCGCUGUUCGUGCUAGUCGACUCUGACAACAGCAGCGUCUUUGGCAACCUUGCUCCCAUCGUCUUUGGCAACCUUGCUCCCAUGUUUGGCCAGCCGCUCGUGCUGCUAAUGUCGCCACAGGACUCGCCCCAUCAUUUCCAUGAAGAGCACCAGCGGGGUAAUCUGUUCACUCUGUUCCUACACUGCCCCCUCAUGGGGCUGUGUCUGGUGAGCUCGGUGUGUGACGUUCCUAUGUUACUCUGGGAGAAAUGCCAGGCCCUCGUCGACCGCUUCAUUGCUGAGGCGUCUAGGCUUGUUAGCAGAUCGCGCAAUAAUGAUCCUGCUUACAUUCAGUUCUUCAGUGACGACUUCUUGAGGUUGCUUACAUUGCGAUUCACUUUCUGCGCGACCGUCCUGAGAGCUCACCGAGCGUUCAAGGGAGGCAGCCAGUACCCGCGCUGCUCCCCUAGCCUGCCUGAAGGAGAGGUUCUGGGCCACCCGGCGCUGCACUCCCUCGUGCUGGAGAUCGCCACAGGGCUCGAGGUGGCGCAUCUCUUCAACGACGCCCACGUCGACAACAGCAACACGAGCGCCCCUCAGCGCCACGACUGACGCUGCUGACC